UUGAGUGCCUACCGCGCCGGUCGGCUCGUGGCUCCUUCCGAAGUUUUUGAAGAGUGACGUCAUCAAAUGGCGUCGAACUGCGCUUCUGGAAUGUAUUAAUGGCGAACGACAACCGACAUUUGCAAGCUGGAAAAAACAGCGAAAGUGUGCGUUAAAACGUUAAAUGACACACAGCACAGGAUAAGCAAAGCAGGGCGGCAUGGAUGACAUCAACUUACACUACAGGUACCUGAAUUGGCGGCGGAGGAUCCGUGAGAUCCGUGAAGUGCGUGCAAUGCGCUUUCAGGAGCGCUACAAACGGAUGCUGAAGGAUGGAGACACUCUGAGUUACCAAGGGAACUCCGAUGAGGUUGGCUGCUAUGUGGCUCCCCGGCCUUUAUCCAAAGGGAACUGCUACUUUGAGGUGACGAUCAUGGACACAGGUGUAAGAGGCACCAUUGCUGUGGGUCUGGUGCCACAAUUCUAUAAGCUGGAUCACCAGCCAGGCUGGCUACCGCACUCAGUUGCAUACCAUGCCGAUGAUGGCAAGCUAUACAACGGUAACACUGUGGGGCAACAGUUCGGGCCCAAAUGCAGUCGUGGCGACCGGAUAGGCUGUGGCAUUCACAUGGAUUCUUUUGAGGCAGGCCUCACAACGGUUUUCUUCACAAAAAAUGGUAAAGAGGUGGGCUCAGUUGUGAUCCCUGCAUCACCAGACGGGCUUUUCCCUGCUAUUGGUAUGCAUUCCUUGGGGGAAGAGGUACGGCUGGAUCUGCAGGCAGAAUGGGGCCCUGAUGAGGAUGACAGCGUGAUGAUGGUGGACAGUCAUGAGGAUGACUGGGGCCGUCUCCAUGAUGUGCGAGUCAGUGGCAUGGUGCUGGAGUACACAGGAAAGGGGAAAAGCAUCAUGGACGUGGGCCUGGCUCAAGCUCGGCAGUCUCUCAGCACAAGAAGCCACUACUUUGAGGUGGAGAUUGUAGACCCUGGAGAGAAGUGUUAUAUCGCCCUUGGCUUGGCACGCAGGGACUACCCCAAGAACAGACACCCUGGGUGGAGCCGGGGAUCUGUGGCCUACCAUGCAGAUGACGGGAAGAUUUUCCAUGGCAGUGGAGUUGGGGAUCCUUUCGGCCCCCGCUGUUUCGAGGGUGAUGUCAUGGGCUGUGGGAUCAUGUUUCCUCGGGAUUACAUUCUGAACAGUGAAGAUGACAGCGAUGAUGGGGAAAACGUAGAGGUGCAACCCAAGCAGAGAAGAGUCCAGAAUGUGCUGUAUUUUAAUGAUGAAGAUGAGGAAGAGGAGGAUGGCGAGGAGAUGGAGCAGGAGCAUGAGGGCAGGAAAGUCAUGGUUUUCUUCACCCGAAACGGAAAGAUCAUCGGCAAGCGGGAGGUGGUGGUGCCCCCUGGGGGAUUCUACCCAACCAUCGGUAUGCUCAGCAGUGGGGAGAAGGUGAAGGUUGACCUCCACCCUCUGAGUGGUUAAGGAGUGGUGGGCCAUGAAAGCAUUUCCAGGGGAAGGACCUGAAGCAGAACAAGACACGCCGUUCAACAACUCCGCUCUGAGCGAAGAGAUGAAGAGAGCAGGAACUCGCUGUACUUCUACCCUUGAAACCUGUGACCUCCGCUUAUCACGCAUAGCUUUCAGUCACUUAAAACGGUCAGUUUCCAUACUGGACCCCCCACUUGCUCAGUGCAAUGUAAUGCUUUCAGUAUAAAGCAAAGAGAUGUUGUCUGCCUAGUAUGGGACAUUUAUGGUUUUGUAAGACUGCUUAUCUUAAAUAUCUAAAACUUCUGUUGGUUCAGCUAGCAGGAAAGUCCUCUGAUGUGCCCUUGGUGAACAAUUUAUGCCAAGUUGUUUUGCAGAGACUGUAUUAACACCUGUGGCCACUAGGGGUUCCCAUUUCUCCAAGAUGCUCUCCAAGGUCGUUCUUUUACUUGAGGUAUUUAAUGAUGGACUUGGUGGUGACACUUUAAAAUUCAUGUAGUGCUGAUCAGAUUUAACUUACUUUCUUUGGUGACUUAUGCAUAAAUAGGUAAAAUAUAUUAAUGAUUAAAUUAUUAGUAUAUAAAUAAAUAUAAACUAUAGAAAUCAAUCUAUUUUUGUUAUUACAGAUACUAUAACCCUGAUUCAAGGAUAUCGCUGUGGUGAACAGCACAUAGAUCCUCAUGCAUAUUCUAAUCAUGAUGAUGUGGAAAAGACCUCUAAGGUGAAUUGAGUGGGCAGACAUUUGUUGUUAGCCACAGAUGUCAUUUACAUUUUCUGUACCAACUCACUGCUAUUGAUUAAUGGAGGACAAAAGUUAUUAUUGGGUUGUAUGUAGCCUCCCAGUGUGCUAUUGAUCUGCUAAAUGGGAAUAACACAUGUGCAUAUUAUAUGAGAAAGGAAACUGAGUCUCCCUUCUCCACCUUUUCUGUUCUCAGGAAUAGAGGGGUCAGUUCAUAAACUUUGUUAGCCAUGCUGCUGCCUCCUUAGCUAAAUUUGAGACUGCAGUAGAAAAUGAACAUGCAGCCUUGUAAAACUUGUCAUGUAGUUACAUGUAGGCAUAUAAAUGAUAGGAAAACUUUUGCUAAUGCUAACUAUGCACAAAUUACAGGAAGUGCUGAAUAACUGGGCUGCACUGAGGUCAGUGCUGGAGGUGCUGCUCAGUCGCUGGGUUGCAGGCUUGGUCAAGUGAAAGCUGGAUCAAGCACAGAUCCCAGCCACAGCAUGUGUCCAGGUGUUCCUUUGUCUGAGAGUCCCAUCUCGCUGUGAUUUUAGAGCACCUCACAGGCCUCAUACAGGAAACAGUAUAGCAGCAUGAAAUAUACAUGUAUGUCAUUUUGAGCAGAUAUCCUGUGAUCGAAGCACUGUCAAAUAAUUGAGACAAAAAAUCGGUUUUUUGAUUCUGGUCUUGUUCAUAGUUCGUUUAACUCACGUAUUUACUACAUUAGCCAGCACUUUAGUUGUCUGGUCUUCUCUGAGAACCAGGAUGGGAUAUUUUUAGUGCCACCAACUCAAAGAAAAAAAUGGUUUAAGGGGUUAGGUUAUACACAGCUUCUUUUAAAAUCUUUUUAUUCUGUACAAGUUUUUGGAGACAUUUCUGUAACCAGUAACUAAGUGAAGCUGGCACAGUCAAGCUGUUAUGCCAUGACUUCAUUAUUUAGUUGUGUUGAUUAUUAUCAGUGUUGGAGAAAUACUGUACAUCAGCACCACAGUUCAAUACAUUGUGUCAGGAGAUUGGGUGUCUUUUUUUUUUUUUUUUUUUUUUUU